AUGGUGGGCGUUAGCAGCGGCAGGAGGGUGGAGCAGGAAGCCAGGAACCCCGGGGGUCAAAGGAGCCACGACUUGGAGCCAUUUAAACCCUCUCGCCCACGUCAGCCCCGGGGCGGGCAACGGCCCCUCUACCCCCGCGCCCCGACCCCUCCAGGCGGCGCUCCCGACCCCACGUCGCGUGCACCGCGGCCCCUACACGCCUCCCGGACAGGCAUUCCCCCCGCCACCCCAACUCCGCAGCCCUCGGCGGGCGCCACUGCGACCCCGGAGCGUCUUUGUGCAGCGGCCCACCAACCUGCCCUCCGCCCGCGGGAUCCCCGCCCACCAUCUUACCGAGGACCCAGCGGCCUCGCGGGAGCGGUGCCCUCUUCACCCGGCCCGCGGGCUGCGGGAGGCCGAAGCGAGCCUGAAGGGCUCUCACCCGGCACCGGCGGGGUCCCGCACACUGGUCUCCGCGGGAGGGAAAUUUACAACAUAUUCCUCAUUUUCAUCUUUUGGAUGCAAAGUCAAUGUGAAAGUAAAAUACGUCUUUUUGCUGCCUUACCAGUGUUGUUUGAAAUCGAGAGAAGAAAUUGAAAUUAAUGGCUGAAACAAGAUAAUUUUUGUCUUCAUUUCCUCGUAUAAUAUCACACAGAAUCUAAAAUUGUCAGGACUACCAAAUUCAAAUCCAGAGUUGUGGUUUAAGCUCCUCUGCUUUGCAUAUUGUGUAAAAUCAGAAUGAGCUACCUAAUGAUCUGAUACACAAAGUAUCCACAGUGUGCUAAGUUCAAAGAUUAUUUUAAUAAAAUGAAUAAAAAUAUGCAAAUA